UAUGGGAAAAAUUGUCUCUUCCUUAUUUCUAUGUCUCUUCCUUACUUCUAUGCAGUUAUUAUAUGAUUUAUGACUUAUGUUCUGCAAUUAAUAUCUUAUGUUUUGUCUUACUGUAUGCAUUUGACAUUUCACCUAGAUUGUUCAAUGGUUGUCUCUGCCUGAUAGACUCUCAACUCUAGCUCCCAAACCCAAGGUCGGGGAGUUGUGUCUCUGUCUGUUGAGACUUGGUGCUCCUUUCUCACAGAUAGUUGGACGUCAGCAAUGCAGGUGUGAGAAUGUAAAUAUCUUCACACACACUGCGACAGGGAGGAGAUGGUGCAUGUAAUUUGAUUGGGUUAGAAAGACAUUCCACCCUAGUCGGACAGAGAAGCUAAAAGGCAGAAACAACUUUAGGAUCGUGGGCUCUUUGCAUCACACCUUCGUGGUGUGUGCACUGAUCUCCCCAGCUGGUUUUUGGUUUGUUGAUGUGCACGAUCAACAUCCAUGUUUUUAUUUGCUUUCCCCAUUAUUUUUAUUUUUUUAUCCUUUCUUUAUUAUUUUAAUAAAUCGCACAAAAGGACAACUCUCUCAUCUGCUUUAUUAUGGAAAAUUUCCACCACAGAAAUUGGCGUUGUCGGCAGGAUCCCGCGGCAGGUCGUCUGGACGGUGUGACCAGGGACGAUAGUCCUGAGGACUAGGGUCGCUCAGCCUCCGAACCUCUACAGACAUUCAGAGCUGGGAGGACUGCUCACCCGUCUGGAUCGCCUCUGACGAGAUCCACGAACUCAGAUUCAAACUCAAAUCCUAAUUUGGCUCAGCUCGGUGAGAGAGAUUCCUUUUAAUUUGGGAAAAAACAAAAAGAAAAUAUAACUAGGAAAAGAGAUAAUAUUUCUAAAACGACUAUGUGGCUGAAAACAUCUAAAAUAUAAUAAUUAGGACCAAACAAUUUUUUUUAAUUAAAAAACUUAAUAUUCGGGUAAAAAAUUAAUUAGGUCAAAGUGUGCCCUGGUGGUCGAGACGGUGGUUGCUAAGGGUUGGCUCGUGGAACCGAGCUUCCGUCUGUACUGAGGAUACAGACAUGUUUUUCUGAUCUGUGCGUGGUCCACACGUGGGGGACUGAGUAUAAAAGACGGCUUCUGAAAGAGGGAGUGCGUUUGCAGAGUGAAGUAUUUUCAAGAGACGAGGGCCCCGGGCCUAGAGGGGCCUAACGUUGAGGAAGUACUUCGUGAAAGACUCUGUCGCCAGAUCGGGUUGGUUCCCUUUUUACGGAGACGUCCGAUAAAAAGGCAUUUUGGGAAGGUUCCGGCCGGAACACAUAAAAAUCUAAGGCAGAAAACCGCCGGGACUCUGAAAGAUGGGUUCGGGGCGAUCUAAGUCUCCACCACCAGACUGCAGCAUUACAAAAGUAAAAGUAAUUAAAAGUAAAAAGUAAAUAUGGUUAUUAGUGCGUUUCAUGUUUCCAUGAGUGGGAAACUGGUUAUGGGUUCAAAAGGAGAAUCGCUUAGUGUAAAAGGACAUACGCACCUUAAAAGAAAAGUUAGAUACAAAAGAUGAGAUUUGAAAAAGCAAAACUAUCAAAACGAAACCCCUAAAAGAAACAAAAGAGAGAUGAGAGUAACAGAGAAAAAAAAAAAAAAAAAAGGAGAUAACAACUCUGGGGAAGAAUUGUUUGCACUCGCCACACACACACACACCACACACACACAUAUCAUGUCAAGAGCAAAUGCUCCCAUUCUUUCUGCUCUCUAUUCUAAUGCAGAACUGAGCGCGAUGAGGGUAAAUCCGGAUCUGGACUCCUUUCCCACCAUCAGCAGAAGAACCGAAGGAGAAGAAGCGCCUGACCAACAACCAGAACAGGGUGGAAGCUCUGACACCACAGCAGCUGGAGGACACAGACCACAGCAUGGACGCCUCAGCGACUCCCACAACGUCUGCAGCCAUCACGUUCUGGGCUCAUCAGAUAAACCAGCUACUACAAGCGUGUGUGUCUGACACAGACACCUGCUUAUGACAAUCAGCAAAGGAAAACAAGCACAGAGCAACAGCAGAGAAGACGUGCUCUGACACAGACACUGGUUGAAACAACAGGAGAGGCUUCAGACGUGAUCGGCCCAAAAGAGCUGCAACCGAGGAUCCAGGAAAGGUCUGUCAUCGAGGAACAACUGUCCCAUUGAAAUGCUUCACCCGCUGGCGCUCACAUCAGACUGAUGGUUGGGGAAGGAGGAAGGUGACGGUUCCUUUUCACGUGACGUACAAGACGGUACCGCAAACACACACACACAUUCAUACACGCAAUGAAGAAACACGCUUACAGCUGAUACACGCUCAAAUUCAUGUUCAUGCUUAUCUGCUUGCAAUGAAGAAUCGCUUUUUGCUCAAAAAAAAAAAUCCCACAGAGUGAUUUUAAAAAUAUGACAAACAGCUAAAUGACAACUGCUGCAUGACUUUACAGUCUGAUGGGUUUAAACUAUUUCAAUUUGCAACAAAUUCAGUAAUAAAAUCCUCCAUGUUUCUAAAAAUACUUGUGCACAAUAUAGGUUUGUCUGGCCAGACUGUAGAAAAACAAAACAGACUGUAGAAAAAACAAAAAACAGACUAUAGGAAGACUGAAACCGACUGAAACAGACUAUUAAUGACUAUUAAAGGGAAGACGACUAUUAGAGAGAAGUAAUAAUAAUGACUGUACGUACCAGAUUAUUAAAGAAAAACUUAUUCUUUCACUGUCAUGUGCAACAUCUGACAGCAAGACACCGUAACAUUCAUUUUUGCUUUCAAACUUAUGCCCAGUUAAAUUUUUAGGAAGAGAUCUCAUGUGUAGUUUAGGUAUUUGAUUGAUUUCCACUCCAGACGGAGUGCAGGUCACGUCUACAGACAUUCUAAAUAAUCCCUCUUUUGUUGGUGUUAACUUCAGCUCAGCUGUGCUCUUAUCAUUGGCUGCUGAGGGGGGGCUGUAACUGAGGCCCUCACACAGGCUGCAUCACAGCUUGUUUAUGAUUUCACACACACACAAACUGACCUCAACUUCCCUCUUUUGGGAUGAACACAGGUCUGCGCUUGCGAUUUCUUUUACUAACGAACGAAAAAGAUUUUUGAUGUUUAUUCUACAGCUCCACACGUCCCUCUGUGAAAACAUGAUGGAGACAGAUGCAGGACGUGGGUCCUUUCGUGAACAGAUGUCAACGGGGUGGAGACUGGUGAACGACUUCUGACCCCAUAGGACGCUCUGACCCAACACUCAGCCUUACAGGAAGCCCUGCUUCCCUGUGGCUCACACACAGACAUGAUGUAGGUUUGAUCAGAGGAUGUGAACCAGUGGUCAUCGCACCUAAAUCUGACCACAGACCAUGUAAACAACAACACCCUCUUAAAGGAAGCCAUAGAUGGCGUUACUGCAGACACCACUAAGAUACUGAAACAUUGGAUGCUACAGGCCACAAAGAGAGCCUGUCUAAAUUACACUUUGUUCAGACAAAGGUCAUUUUUCCGGGUCAUUGUAAUUACAGCUGAUGGCAAAUCCAUCUCACCCAACAGAGUUAAAGCAAUUUGAAACCUGCCUAAACCGUGCACGUAAAAACAGCUGAUGUUUUUUCUAGGUCUUUGUUCUUAUUGUAGGACCUUCAGUCCUAACUUUACUGUCUUUGAGGCCCCACUCAGGGUUCUGAUGCAGACAUCUUCAUCGUCCACUUCUUGUCUCACGUGAACGUCUGAGGCUGAACAGGCGUUCACCGACCUCAAACUUGCUCUUCAGUCGGCUCCUACUUUGGGUCUGCCUGACCCUACGCGACCUUUCACCCAAACAGUGGAUGAGAAAUCAGGUUGUAUGACCUCUGUCCUUUUACAGGAUCACGGAGGACGUCCGCGCCCUGUAGCCUAUUUCUCUGCUAAGCUUGACCCAGUCGCUGCGGGGCUCCCACGAUGCCUCCGAGCAGUGGCUGCGGCAGAGAAAGCCGUGCUGGCAUCACGUGACAUUGUUGGCUAUUCUGGUGUCACCCUGCUGGUUCCUCAUGCCGUGUCUUUGAUCCUUUUGGAACAAAAAACAUCACAUCUUUCUACAGCCCGAUGGCUUAGAUACAACACCAUCUUACUGGAAAUGCCAAACAUUACUGUCAAAAGGUGCAAUGUGCUUAACCCAGCCACUUUGUUUCCAGGCCCUGACGAUGGCGAGCCUCACAACUGUGUUUCGGUCUUGAACCAAGUCUGCACUCCGCGCCCAGAUCUGUCGGAGGUGCCAAUUCCUAACUGUGACCUCGUUCUCUUUGUUGAUGGCUCCGCCUCUAGAGACCCUGCUUCGGGCCGCUGUCAGGUUGGAUAUGCAGUCUGCACCUCUCAUACUGUUUUACAGUCUGGCGCUUUGCCAGGACAUUACUCUGCUCAGGCUGCGGAGUUGAUCGCACUGACCGAAGCCUGUAAAUUGGCUGAAGGGAAGUCUGCUACUAUCUACACAGACUCCAGAUACGCUUUUGGCGUCACACAUGACUUUGGUGCUCUGUGGAAACACAGAAAGUUUUUGAAAUCUGAUGGCAAACCUAUCUUGCAUCAUGAUAAGGUUGCUGAUCUGCUCGACGCAAUUCUGUUACCAGCUGCAAUUGCUGUAUGUAAGUGCCCCGCACACACUGGGGGCACUGAUCCCAUCUCUGCUGGAAACACACGUGCUGAUGCUGCUGCGAAGGCAGCUGCUCGACAUUCCCUUCCCUUUGUUCCCUGCCUCUUAUCCUCCACCUCUACCCAACCUCCCUCUCCUCCCUCUGCUCUCCCUGAUCUUCAGACAUUCUCUACCCCACAGGAACGCAAGCUCUGGCUGACGAAUGGCGCCACCAGUAGCCACGGCGUUUGGUAUGGGCCCGACGGCAAACCUUGCCUACCUAAACACUUUUUCCCCCAUUUCGCGAAGUUGACACAUGGAUUAGACCAUGUAUCAAAGGGGGGAAUGUUAGAUGCUCUUACAAAACAUUGGUACACUAAGGGAUUUUCAAUCGGUACACUAAGGGAUUUUCAAUCUAUGCGCAAAAAUACUGUGAAGCAUGUAUGACAUGCGCCCAACACAACCCAGGUAAGACGACUGCCAAACCACUGGCAGCUCACCCACCACCGGAACAGGCGUUUGACCAUUUAAUGCUGGACUUCAUCGAACUAACGCCGGCAGGAGGUAAAAAGUAUUGUUUAGUGAUUGUUGAUAUGUGGUCAAAAUGGGUGGAGGCCUUCCCAGCUAAACAUGCUAACAGCCAUGCUGUUACCAAAGCCUUGCUGACAGAAAUAAUUCCCAGAUGGGGAAUUCCAUCUAAAAUCAGCAGUGACAACGGCUCACACUUCGCAAACCAAGCCCUCGAGGAAGUGGGAAAGUUUCUGAACAUCGACAUCAGAAAGCACUGCUCUUACCACCCUCAAAGCGGAGGGGCGGUAGAGAGAAAGAAUGGCACUUUGAAAAACAAACUGGCUAAAUGCUGCUCAGAGACUGGUCUCAAGUGGACUCAGGCUCUUCCCAUUGUGCUCUCAUACAUGAGAAUGAGGAGAAGGAUGAGAACAAACCUCAGCCCGUAUGAGAUCCUAUUUGGUAGACCCCUAUGAUGGGACUCCACCCUGAGACCGAGACUAGGAUUUUACCACCUACUGAAAUGUGCGAAGACGCAAUGCUACAGUACUGUAAGAACUUAUCCUCUGUUCUGUCCCAAAUCUCCAAGCAGGUGAAAGCGGCUCUGCCCAAACAGGCGACAGAACCACUGCACAUCAUUCAACCAGGAGACUGGGUGAUCAUUAAGGAGCUUCGCAGGAAGCACUGGAACUCAAAGCGGUGGCAAGGUCCCUUCCAGGUCCUUCUGACGACCAACACGGCUGUGAAGAUCGCAGAAAGAGCGACUUGGAUCCACUCCAGCCACUGCAGGAAGGUCCCGGAUCCGACAGACGACCCUCCAUCUAUAUCUACACCACACGAGAAACCACCACUGACGAAAAGAACUGAGAAGGUCGACCCUCGCUGUGCUCACACAUGCACUGAGGCGAGGCUGCGUUGACCGUUCAGCUAAAGGUGUGAGCCAAGCGCCGCCUGAAGCUGCGCCGGUGAAUCACACUAUCAGACCAUACAUCUACACACACGCUCCUGAGAAAACACACACACGAGCAGCCUUGAGUUGCCAACGCUGGACGACGUGUAGACUCUUCACAUCACGGGAGUGACAGUGACUCAGACGGCAUUGGGAGGAAACCUGGCGGUGAUAACAAAUCCCAAGUGUCUCUGUGAUCAGCUGAUCACAACCUGAAGAACUCCAACGAACUGGCAAUACAUCAACACACAGGUUGGAAACAAUCUAACGCUACUGUUCAACAGGACGAAGCAGAUUGUUACGAGACAUCAAUUGUAACCUCGUUGCGUUAGACAUUUUAUGUUACUCUGAAUAUUGCCUUUAUCAUAUGAUGUUUCCAUGUAACUUCACACACUACUUUUGAAGAAGAAAAUUUCACAACACUGAGUUUAAAUAUCCUGAAGUUGACUUGGUGUUUAAUUUGCUCACAAUCACUUUAUUCACUGCUACAAAGACUUUUUAUCCUUUCAUCUACAGAUGAAAGACAACACAAGCGGAAAUAUGCAUCAUCAUUCUGGUUAAAUCCCUGGAUCUCGUAUUCAUUCUAGACGCAAAUGUACAAUUAAAGAUUCGAAAGCAUUAAAUCUAUCUUAAGAUUAUAUGAAACAGAACCCCACCGGAAACCUAUGGCUAUCAUACAUUAAUUGUAUUUAUUACAUUACAAUUGAAUGGCCGUAGACACGUUGUUAGCAGAGAAAAGAGACGUUUGUGUUAUGUUUGGAGACGCAUGUUGUACUUCAUCCUGAACAACACUGAUUCUAAUGGUAUUGUGGCGAAGGCGCUCCACGGCCUUCAGAAUCUCAGCUAACUCUGGUAUAGGUUUUUUUUCCCUUGGAAUUGGCUAGACGAAAUGUCUGGAAAAUGGAAAUCUGUUCUCAUGUCCGCAGCUGUUUCCCUUAUAAUUGAGAUGGCUGUGAUUCUCUUGUUUGGUUUUUGCGUUAUCACACUGGUUAGAGGUCUCAUCAUGCGUGCGACCCCAGCAACACUCUCGUAUCAAAUGACACAAUGCACUAUGUUCAAAAACCCCAACUCUAAUUCACUUAAUGACUUUGACGAUGGUCUUAGGCUAUCGGAUCAAAAAUAUAACAUGAUACAAAUAUGAUAAUGAGCUUAUUUUCUUCACAUGCCAAUACAGAAGUUAUUCUUGUAUAACUACCCACCAAAACAGUUCCCAACCUUUUGUCCCUAAGUUACUUGCAUUUUAUGUAAAGGUGUAUUUUGAAUCUUGAUGAGUUAAUACCCUUAUUGUUUCAUUUGCAAGGGUCUUUUAUUAUUACAGAAUGUGACGUUGACAAUUUUUAUUCUUUUAUGGGUUGAUUAAUGUGUAAUCAAAAGGGGGGAGUGUUAUGGGAAAAAUUGUCUCUUCCUUAUUUCUAUGUCUCUUCCUUACUUCUAUGCAGUUAUUAUAUGAUUUAUGACUUAUGUUCUGCAAUUAAUAUCUUAUGUUUUGUCUUACUGUAUGCAUUUGACAUUUCACCUAGAUUGUUCAAUGGUUGUCUCUGCCUGAUAGACUCUCAACUCUAGCUCCCAAACCCAAGGUCGGGGAGUUGUGUCUCUGUCUGUUGAGACUUGGUGCUCCUUUCUCACAGAUAGUUGGACGUCAGCAAUGCAGGUGUGAGAAUGUAAAUAUCUUCACACACACUGCGACAGGGAGGAGAUGGUGCAUGUAAUUUGAUUGGGUUAGAAAGACAUUCCACCCUAGUCGGACAGAGAAGCUAAAAGGCAGAAACAACUUUAGGAUCGUGGGCUCUUUGCAUCACACCUUCGUGGUGUGUGCACUGAUCUCCCCAGCUGGUUUUUGGUUUGUUGAUGUGCACGAUCAACAUCCAUGUUUUUAUUUGCUUUCCCCAUUAUUUUUAUUUUUUUAUCCUUUCUUUAUUAUUUUAAUAAAUCGCACAAAAGGACAA